AUGUCUGCAACAAUGGAGCCUACCCUUUCAUCCAAACUCAAGGCUAUCUUCCCCUCGUCGUCGGCCGAGCAAGGAACGACAACCCUGUCGGCUGACCAGAACUACCUCAUUGGGCUUCGUGGCCUGUUUGUAUUCCAAUCAUUCCUCUACGUGUUCUUCCAGACCUUUCUUCCAGCCGCCCUUCCAGACUCGAAGAAUGUUGAUGGCCCGGCGUACCAGGUCGCACUUCGAAAGUCAUUUUCAGUAAUCUUCGCCAACGAGGCAUUGAUCUACUCAUGGAUUAUCUUCCUCUCCGCGCGCACCAUUUGCUUACCUUACCUCGCCAACAAGACGCGUGAGGUCGGCGCAUCGAGUGUCUUCCGUCGUGGCAUCAGACUAUGGAUUCCGACUUUCAUCGCCUACUCUUUUGCGGCAGCGGCAUUCAGCACAACCUCGACCGACUACAUCUCCGACUUCUUGGCCUCUACUGGCAACAUCUCCACCAUCGCACCGACGCGGAUCCAGAACUUCUUGAUUUACUUCAACUCCCUUUUUGAGAUCUUCUGGGUCAACAAGCGUUACGCUAGUCAGGCCGCCAACGAUGUCUUCCCAUCUGGUACGCUUUGGAUAGUGUCCGUGCUCUUCCAGCAAAGUUAUACCGUCUACAUCACCAUGGUCAUUGUUCCGAAUACACGCACCUCAUGGCGAGUAAAGGCCAUGCUAGCUUUCAUCGUAGCAGCGUUCUGGGUACAGAGCUGGGCCUGGUACAGCGUUACUGGCCUCAUCAUUGCUGAUGCGGUCCUCAACAUGGACUUCAAGGCCCGGUCCCAACGAGGAUUCAAGAUCGGCAACUUCGGUAUCCAAGUCUGGCCACUUUACGCUGCGAUGGUCCUUACCGGUGUUGUGCUGCAGUUCGCCUUCAUCUCCGGAAAACCAGACAUGCGCGACAAUGAGCUAUGGGGUCACACCGCGCUGUACGAUGACGGAUUCUUGAACGAGAACGUAGAUCUAGACCAGCCGAUGGCGAGGGUCGACAACUACCUCAUCAUCCUUGGGUCGAUGCUUCUGGUUGAGACGUUCGAAUUGCCCCGGGCUAUCCUUCGCGGAGGCUUCUUCGUUUCGCUAGGCAAGAGGAGCUUUAGCUACUUCCUCGUCCAAUCUAUACUCAUCUACACCGCCGGUAUCAAGUUAUACACGCACAUGGCCGACGCCGGCAUGAACGGUUCUCUGAGCACUUUUGUCUGCUUCUUGGUCUGCGCACCGCUGGUUGCUAUAGUUGGAGAGAUUUUCUACCGUGUUGUUGAUUUGCCGAGCAUUAUUCUGGCUAGAGGAUUUUGGGCGUUCAUGACGAAAUAG